GAAAUAUAUGUUGAUAGACGGUACAUAUUUUUUCUGCACUUCAGUUGUUAUUGAUUAUAUUAACAGUGAAUGAAGAAUGUAAAAAUGUUCCAAGAAUGCAGUGUUUUGGUUUUAUGUUUUGCGAUUGUGCAAGCUAGAAUGUAUAAUCAGUCUGAUAUAGAUCUUUCGAAAUGCAAAACUCACUACUCCCGCUCUGGAAGUGUCUACAAAGAUUUCUACAGCAUCACUGAGACUCCCAGUGCAAACGACACUCUUCUCCUGGACUUUCAUUUCUCAGUCCUAGCUCCCAGUGAUGCACAUAUUCUCCUAGCAACAUCCGACAAGGUUCAAAAAACUGAUCCGGCUUAUGAGAUUGUUAUCGGUGCCGGAGGGAACACAUUUUGCGAUAUAAGAAGAAAGCAGAAGUCUGAUGUCAAGUCUUCGAUAAGGGUUAAGGGGUUGUUGAAUGCGCUGGAUCCUCAGUCUUUUUGGCUGCAUAUCACAAAAGAUGGAGACAUAGCUGUUGGUAAAGAAGGAGAAGAAUUGCCCUUCAUUUCGUGGGUAGAUCCAGAUCCUCUUCCUUUAAAAGUAAUCAGUUUUAGUACAUGGUCCGGUGUGGAGGCUAAAUGGUAUUUUGAUUGCCAAUUUAAACAUGAAACAGAGGAGAUACAAAAACCUUUGACACAUCUUGAUAGGCUCCGAAGAGAUUACCUCUACCACUAUAAUCCAUACGUUAGGCCUGUUACAGAACAUAACACUACUACCACAGUUUCAGUAGCUAUUAAUAUCAACCAUGUAGCAUUAGAUGAAAAGCGAUCAGUAUUUGAAGUUUUGGGAGUAACAAAAUUGGGUUGGCAAGAUGAAAAACUUAUAUGGGACCCACAUGAUUAUAGUGGGAUACAAGUUAUGCACAUUUUUAGAAGAGAAAUUUGGCAACCAGAUUUGUGUUUGUACAAUGCUGUGGGAGACGUUAGAGAUCUUUUAGAGGAUACACUAAUGGUAGUACAUUAUACUGGUUAUGUAGAAUGGAAUCCUGCCAUUAAAAUGAAAGCAUUUUGCGAAGGACAAGAUCUGGAGACUUGGCCCAAGGAAACUCACAAAUGUAGUUUAAUUAUGGGAUUCAUGAGAGAAUUUAGUCAUAUGCGAAUAUCGUUUAAUAGAAAUGACAGCUCUUUGAUAUACUAUGAGAGCUCAGAAUGGUCAAUUCUGGAGGCAGAUGUAAUAACAAACAUUUCGGCUGCAGAACAAAAUAUUGCAUCGGAACCAGCGAUAUUUGAAAUGAAUUUGACGAUUAAAAGGAAUACUAAGGCACUUGACUGGAUCUUCUUCUCACCGUUUAUACUUAUAUCCAUUUCUUUACUGUCAAGCUUUUGGAUCUCUCCUUUUGGCCAACUGAAGAUCUCGAUGGUUUCAGUACAACUUGUGAUAUGUACUUUAAUUUUGCUUAGCUUGUCACUGAUUGUGCCUAAUCAUUCUAAGAGAGUUCCGUACAUAGUUACCCUUUAUAGCUAUACACUUGUGGCCAUUUUAAUUGCCAUCAUUGUGUCAAUUGUAGUUGUUAAUUUAGCUCGAAGCUAUCAUAAGAAGGCUGUGCCUCAUAUUCUCUGCAGAAUUUUAACUAGCAAGGUUAUAAGGAUCUUUUUGUGUCUACCUAAUGUGAAGAUGGCCGACAAUUAUGGCAACUUGUACGACACACAGGAAAAGCAUCAAACAAUAUGGGUACUUAUGGGAACUGCUGUAGAUAGACUAACGUUCAUAAUUUACUUGAUGUUAAGCAUUUAUGCCAUAGUUUUAAAAAAUAAUUACACUUAAAUAGGUAUAUCAUAACAUGUAUUGUUUUUGAAGUGUACUUUUACAAUUAAUAAAUAUUCAAAUACAUUUAA